GCCACGAUAAUAGUAUAAAAGAAGUUAUAUUCGAUACACAAGAAAUUCCAGUUGAAUAUGGGCCAGUAUUAGAUUUAGUUCCCCAAUUCCAUCAAGAUACCACCAAAAACUAUAAAUAUUAUAUUCAUGUCGGUCAUGGAUACGACAAUAGGAUCAAUAUCGAAACGUUGGCACACAAAGAUGGUUAUGGUUUGAAGGAUAAUGAUCAAAAAGUACCCGAGGGAGGUUGUUGCCCAGCUUAUGAUCCAAAAGAAAUAAAAACUGAUGUUGAUGUGGAUUGUUUGGUAAAACAUCUCUGGCACAAAAAAAAAGAUUGGGAAAAUCAUAUUCGAUUAAGUGAUAAUGCUGGAAGAUACCUUUGCGAAUAUACAUUUUAUGUUUCAUUAUGUGAAAAUGCUAAAAAAUCUUGCCCUGGUGCGGUAUUGUUUGUUCAUGUCCCAAUGGAAGGCCGUCCUUAUUCGGUAGAUGAAUUGGCUGAAAUUUUGAAAGAAAUUGGCAUAUGGGUUACCGAACAUUAUUAG